AUGUCAGAGUCCUUCAACAUAUUUUCCGACAAUUUGAGCCCCAUACCGGCUUCAAUAGUGCCCAGAAAGUUGGAUUUCAGCAGCUUGGAUGAUGAUGAUGUUCUUCGUGAUGCAUCUACUGCCCCUGUCUCUCACAGUCCACCAUAUAAACGAGUGAGAGCUUUAAGGUUGUUCGACAGUCCACACACGCCGAAGACGCUGCUGGAGAAAUGCUCGACGCCGUCGCACCAUCCGCCCAGGUCGAGGCUCUUCCCGCCGAAGCUGAGCGCGCCAACGGGUGAGCAGAGCGUCGCUUUUGGUGUACCCUCGGGCUCCAGCCACCAUCUGCACCCGCCGUCGUGCGACGAGGACAGCGCUUUAGGCAGCCUGCCCCCCGACGAGCUGGAUGACUCGAGGGUGCGCCGCCCCCUCGCCAACAUCAACCCCUUCACGCCGGACGGUCAAGCGCUGAACAAGAAGAAGCGCGCGCUGUCCAAGACGCCGACGCUGUGGGGAGAAGCAUCACCCGAGCAACCCGCCAAGCGGUUGAGGGAGUCGAACAUAUCGCGGUACAACGUCGAGUUCCUCGAGCUGGGCGUGGUGGGGCGCGGCCAGUUCGGGCGCGUCACCCGCUGCGUGAACAAGCUGGACGGCUGCGUGUACGCGCUGAAGAGGUCGCUGCGCCCGGUGGCCGGCUCCGCCGCCGAGCGGGCGGCCCUCACCGAGGUCUACGCCCACGCGGCCCUGGGGAAGCAUCCGCACGUCGUCAGGUACUAUUCAGCGUGGGCGGAGGACGACCACAUGAUCAUUCAGAACGAGUACUGCGACGGGGGCUCUCUGCAGCAGAUGAUGGAGAAUGGGCCGCUGCCUGAGAGCGAGCUACUGCUCCUUUUGGCUCACAUAGCGGACGGCUUGGCGUACAUUCACUCGCUGCAGCUGGUGCACAUGGACGUCAAGCCGGGCAACAUAUUCGUGUGUCGCUCCGAGGGUACAGCCGCCCUCGAGUCUGAUGAUGGCUACGACGAAGACGACGCGCCCCACCCAAACGCGUCACAAGCCCACCACAAGUACAAGAUUGGCGACUUGGGACACGUCACUUGUGUAUCCUCACCGUCGGUGGAGGAGGGUGACUGUCGCUACCUGCCAAAAGAGGUUCUCCAAGAGGAUUUUACGCAUCUCACAAAGGCUGAUAUAUUCGCGUUUGGCCUAACUCUGUAUGAAGCUGGCGGUGGCGGUCCGCUACCUAAGAAUGGGCAAGAAUGGCACGACAUUAGGGACGGCAAGUUACCCGACCUACCAAAUCUCUCCAGGGAGUUCAAUGAACUGUUGAAGAAAAUGGUGGAUCCGGACCCAACACAGCGACCCUCCGCGGCGCGUCUGAGGCGCCACGCUCUCCUCCAUCCGGCGGGAAACAAGAGCAAGGCUCAGUUGAGGAGGGAACUAGCCGCUGCCCGACUCAAGAACGAAUUGCUGUCAAGAAAGCUACAAGAGGCUGCGAGAUGCAUUAAAUCGCUAACACCAAACCUCGUAGCGAACCAGGAGUCUGCGAAGUUCCGCACCAGAUCGGCCAAGAGGCUGCAAAAGCCUCGCGUGGACUCGCAGAUAGUCGACAUCAUACAGUCUGUGACCUCCCCUAUCAGGAUAGACAGACGGACAGACCGGCGGGGUAAGAAGAUG